AUGCAGACAUGUUAUGAGUAUGUAAAAUAGGCCGGUAAUUGCGCAGUUAGUCUCUGCAGCUGCAAAGAGAAACCUCCCCAAAUCAUUACAUACUUAUAUAAACUUGUAUAUAUACAUUCCCCAAUCCAUCUUCACACUUCCCAACAAAUCUCACAAUGGAUGAAACAGGGGAAGGAGAGGAGUAUCUGUUCAAGAUAGUGGUGAUAGGGGACUCUGCUGUGGGCAAAUCUAAUUUGCUCUCGAGAUUUGCCAGAGAUGAGUUUGAUCAGAACUCCAAGGCUACUAUUGGGGUUGAGUUUCAGACCCAGGUUGUUCAAGUUGAUGGCAAGGAAGUCAAGGCCCAAGUGUGGGAUACUGCUGGCCAGGAGCGUUUUAGAGCGGUUACUUCUGCUUAUUAUAGAGGUGCUUUUGGUGCUCUUUUGGUUUAUGAUAUUACGAGGAGACCCACUUUUGAGAGUAUCAGACGAUGGCUUGAUGAGCUCAAUACUCAUUGUGAUACUACGGUGGCAAGAAUGCUUGUUGGAAACAAGUGUGAUUUGGAAGAUAUCAGAGAUGUAAGUGUGGAGGAGGGUAAAACCUUAGCGGAGGAGGAAGGGCUGUUUUUCAUUGAGACAUCUGCAUUAGAUGCUACUAAUGUUAACACUGCUUUUGAGAUUGUUAUUCGGGAUAUCUACAAUAACAUUAGCCGAAAAGUCCUAAACUCAGAUUCCUACAAGGCUGAGUUAUCUGUGAAUCGAGUCACAUUAGUUAACAAUGGAGCUGGCUCAAAGCAGAGCUGGAGUGCCUGCUGUUCCAGAUAAUGAGUGAUGAAGCAAAUACAUACCUGCUCUUAAUUUGUUAUCAUUCGGCAUUUGAAGUUGCUUGUUUGAGAGUCCUUUUCAAACAUUUACGAAUUAAUUAAUUUAUUGUUUAGUUUCUUUUUGCAUUUUCCUGUGGGAACAGUUUGACAUGGAUAAUUAAUAUGAGAAAAUAAGAUACUAAA